UUAGCCGUAUCCUGGAGUUGCAAAACACUAGGCUGGCUGGCUAUUGCUUUCGCUUUACAUUUUUGUUUCUCCGAACUUCGCUCCAACUUCGAGCGCACAAAUGCUGCCACUCCGAAGCGCGCUUGCUGGCCUGCUGCGACAGGAAGACCUGGGUGGCUGUGCGCUUGUUUCUGCUUUUUGGCUUCACAAGUCCGCUGGCCGUGUGAUGCUCAACCCACUUCGACUCUCCCCCCUCUCCUUCUCCCGCAGAACUGUUUGCGGGCUAUCCGCUACAAGGUGCGGACUCAUUCAACGGAAGAUGACCGAGAACGGCGUGACUUCCCGACGAGGGAAGGUGCUGACCAUAGACACUAUAAACCCCAGUGUCAAAAAGGUUGAAUACGCAGUGAGGGGUCCAAUCGUGCAACGUGCGGUGCAGAUCGAGAAAGAACUCAAAGAGGGAGCUAAAAAGCCUUUCACAGAGGUUAUCAAGGCUAACAUUGGUGAUGCUCAUGCAAUGGGCCAGCAGCCAAUUACCUUCUUCCGACAGGUGUUAGCACUAUGCUCCUAUCCAGCACUCCUGGAUGACCCCAGUUUUCCAGAAGAUGCUAAAAGUCGGGCACGUCGAAUCCUCCAGUCCUGUGGAGGUAGAAGCAUUGGGGCCUACAGUGCCAGUCAGGGUAUCGACUGUGUGCGCCAAGAUGUCGCUCGCUACAUUGAGCGACGGGACGGUGGUAUCGCCAGUAACCCUGACAACAUCUACCUGACCACCGGGGCCAGCGAUGGUAUUGUGACAAUACUGAAGCUGCUGGUGUGCGGGGAGGGUCGGACGCGCACGGGGGUGAUGAUCCCCAUCCCGCAGUACCCCCUGUACUCGGCGGCACUGAUGGAGCUGGACGCCACGCAGAUCAGCUACUACCUGAACGAGGACAGCUGCUGGAGCCUGGACAUCAGCGAGCUGCGGCGCUCCCUGGCUGCCGCUCGGCAGCACUGCAACCCCCGCGCCCUCUGCAUCAUCAACCCCGGCAACCCCACCGGUCAGGUCCAGAGCAGGCAGUGCAUUGAGGAUGUGAUCCAAUUUGCCGCUGAGGAACACCUCGUCCUCAUGGCUGAUGAGGUGUACCAGGAUAACGUGUAUGCAGAUGGCUGCCAGUUUCACUCUUUUAAGAAGGUCCUGUUUGACAUGGGGCCGGAGUACUCCAACACUGUGGAGCUGGUGUCCUUUCACUCCACAUCCAAGUGCUACAUGGGAGAGUGUGGCUUCCGCGGAGGCUACAUGGAGGUGAUCAACAUGGACCCGGCUGUGAAGGAGCAGCUCACCAAACUGGUGUCGGUCCGCCUGUGCCCCCCCGUCACAGGUCAGGCUCUCAUGGACCUGGUGGUGAAUCCGCCCCAACCUGGCGAGCCAUCCUACACCACCUUCCUCAAGGAACGCAGUGCCACCCUCAAUGUCCUAGCGGAGAAGGCCAAGCUCACAGAGAAGAUCCUCAACACAGUCCCCGGGAUCACCUGCAACCCUGUACAGGGGGCCAUGUACUCCUUUCCCAAAAUAUCCAUCCCCGAGCGCGCCGUCCAAGAGGCUAAGGAAAAGGGUGUGGCCCCCGACAUGCUGUACUGUAUGAAGCUCCUGGAGGAGACUGGAAUUUGCCUGGUCCCAGGAAGUGGGUUUGGACAGAGAGACGGAACCUACCACUUCAGAAUGACCAUCUUACCACCGACUGACAAGCUGAAGGUCUUGCUGGACAAGGUGAAGGAAUUCCACCAGCACUUUACCCAGCAGUACUCUUAACACCCUCUGUCACCCAACUCCCACAGUCCUACCACAUGUGUGUGUGUGCGUGUGUGUGCGUGUGUGUGUGUGUGUGUGUGUGUGAGAGAGAGAGAGAGCGAGAGAGAGAGAGGCAGGGAUCAAGGGAGAGGGAGAAAGAGGGAGGUGGUGAGGGUGGAAGAGGGGGAUAAAAGAGAUUGAGCGGCAAGCACUGAACCAGGAUCAGCCAGGCCUUCACCAAGUGCCUUCCCAGACAGUGACCAACACAAGGCUGAAACCUCCAUUUGUCUGGAAUUAUAUGAAGUACCUUUGAGAGAGAGAGUGAGAGAGAAAGCAAUAAGAUUGUGUUUGUCUGUAUGCAAGGGACACAUUUGUAGACAAAUACACAACACAGUCACACUGACGAACAUAUGCAUGCAUUCUUAGCUAUAUCAGCCCUGCCAUCCUAAACUUUGAAAGAGCAAAAAAAAAAAAAAACAGCUGUUGUUCAGCAAUUCCAAUGUGCCUUUUGAUCUCUUCAACCCCCACCCCAAACCCCAACCCCAACCCCCGCUCCCAAUCCACCCCCAGGACCAGAACGGUUUUUUAAAAAAACCACGCCUUAUACCUCAGUCUCUGUCCUGCCUCUGAACACACUUUAGAUGAGUAGAGAAAGCAUUAUAAUGCAUCAGGGUUGUCAUGGAAACUUUGUAGGAGGAGUGUAUAAGCAGGAGACAAAUGCCAUGUCAGUCUGAUCCACAGUUAUGUUACUACAAGAUAGGAAACCAAGAGCAAUGGUUCUGUUAUCACAGAUCAUCUCAGCAACAAUUAUCUAAUAAUAAUAAUAAUAAUAGUAUUUUAAAGCUAAUUUUGUCGAAGUGUUUAGCAGUUUUUUUGUAAAGUUAAACUGCACUUUUUAACCUUUAAGACAAGCCAUUGAAAAAAGAAGCGUAGGUGAGUUCAUAGCAAUAUUUUAUUUUUACAGUACACUACAUUCCACUCAGGAUAAAACCUAUAAUAAUUCAACCUCAUUUUUGGAUGGGUCCUUGGAAUGAACUUUGAGCUAACACGUGAGAAAGUUUUAUAUUGCAUUGAUAUUGUAAUGCUAUAAGGGGUGUGUACUGGCAUGCAUACAAGGACACCUACUCGUGCUUGAAAGGGACUGAUAUGACUACACAACCUGGCUACAUGAACUGGAAGUGAUUGGAGUAACUGUCUAAUUGCGGUGUGUGUUGUGAACUUGUGACUUGUGACACCCACUGCAGCGGUUUUCAAUCAACAAAUAUUGAUUUCAAUGAGUGUACAAAUAAUGUAACAUAAAUCAUCAGAUUAUUAUUGUCUUCAUUUUUUAUUUAAUCAUUCAAAUCUGCCAAUAUCCUGUGACUGACAGCAACGGACGUGCUCUGUUUUGUAAUUCAAAUAAACCAAAGUAUCAAAGUCA